UCAGUGCGGUCUAAGCGUGUGUCUAAAUAUAUAUGUAUAUCCAUGUAGUUUUUCGAGUUAAAUCCGCCUACAAAGCCUAGCGGAACGGUUUGUUUUAACUGUCGUAACGUUUUCAGAUCAGUGUCUUGUUGAAAUAGUGUGAUUUGCAUAAAUACCAGUUGGGGAAUGUACCCGGAAAUAUUACGAGGUCGCGUGGUUAAUCAAGGGGUCAAUCGUGGAUCGAUCAAGUUAUGGCCCCGUCCCAUUCUCGUCAAUUGUUAGUGUGGUCCUUGCCAACCAUUGCCGUUCUCUUCAGCUACUUGUGGUACAAAAAGAAGAGAAUUGGAGCUCGAAGUGACACCGGCGACACAGAAAACCAACAAGGAAUAGGAAACACUCGGAAUAGUGAGGAGCCCUCGGUAAAGGAGGAGGAGAAGAAGAAGAAGAAGACGGAAACCAAGCCAGUGUCGGCGCCGUCGUCGCCGAACCGCAGCUUCUCGAGGUCGCUGUCGGGAGUGGAGAGUGCCCCCAUAGACAUCGUCAUUCCGCCGUCGCUGCGUUCAACGCGGUCGAAUCCCGUCGUCAUAUCCGACGAAGACCUGGACCUGGAGAUCGAGAAGAUUAAAUCCAUGAAAAACGGCGCGUUGUCCAGAUCGAAACCCGAUAACAGUCCCACGCAACAGCAACAGUCGAAAACGCCGUCCCCGUUGAAGGAAAGCGCGUCUCCAAGGAUUAGGACCCCAUCGCCUCUUAGGGGAAAUACUACUACGGUGAAAUCCAAGAAAUCAACCAAGGCUGGUUCGGAACAACAACCCGCAGAAAUGGCACAGAAAGACAUAGCCGUCGUGGAAGACAAGUUGACUUCCUUGAAGAUAAACAAUAACAACAAAAAGACCCCGAAGAAGAGGGAACACAGGAAUAGCACUGGAAAGAAGGAACAUGAGGAAUUGCAGAGACAAAGUAGUGAAAGGGAUUCAGCCAAUCACAGUCCUGCAGAUGUAAUGUUAGCCAGUCCGUCUCUCAGCAGCAUCUCAGAUAAUCACAGUGAGGGUUCCAGCGAUAGUGGCAAAGGCGGCAGCGACGUGGCUACACCACCGCCAUCCCGUACGCCGGGCAUAGAUGUCCCGGCACCCUGCGACGUCACCCUGCCCACCCUCUACGAGUUCAUUAUCCCCCAGUCCCUGGUGGGAAAGUUGAUUGGCCGUCAUGGCAGUUUCGUGACGCAGAUAAAGGAGAAAACCAACGCCCAUAUUGUGGUGAAGAAGCACCCCACGAAUAACAAGCUGAAGGUGUGCUCGAUCGAGGGGACUCAGGACGAGAUCGACAAGUCGCUGAAGAUGAUCAGGGAUAAGUUUCCCGCCAAGAGGUAUCCGGAGGUUACUUUGGAACAGGUCCAUUUCACGCCCAUCGUAUCCACCGUGCCGCUUAUUCCAGAUCAUUUGUAUCUAAAACUCAUAGAAGGCAUCAACAACGACACGAUCCUCAGCUGUUUGGUGGCCCCCAACCACCUGUUCCUCCAGCAGCCGACGCACCCCUCGUUCCCCAGCCUCAACUUGCUCAGUGGAUGCAUGAACGUGUGCUAUACCGAGGCCAAUUCCCCUCUUUUACCAAACCCGAUACCGGAGAACACGGUGUGCGCAGCUUACUCGGUAGACGCAUGGUACAGAGCCAUGGUGUUGUCGACGGACGUCGAGACGGACACCUCGUACGUCAAAUUCCUAGAUUACGGCGGCUUCGCCUAUGUAGAGAAUUCGAAACUUAGACAAAUUAGGGGAGACUUCAUGCUGUUGCCCUUCCAGGCGGCAGAGUGCGUUUUGGACAACGUCAAAUCAUUAAAUGAGGAUGGAACGUGGCCCGAAGAGGCUUAUAGUUUAGUAGCAGACAUAACGAAGGGUGCACUGAUAUACACCCAAGUAGCAGAUUACACGGAUGCUGGCGUCCCCCUAGUAUUAUGUUAUGUAGUUGUAGGGCCCCAGUCGGUAGUAUUCUUAAAUCAGCAUUUGGUCGACAAUGGGUUCGCCGAGUGGGUGCCCACAGACGAGGCGUCGCAGCAGGACAGCUCCGAGGGCGCCGUGGGCGGUGUAAAUGCGUAACUAAUGGAACGAUUGCGUUUUUUUUAGUCACUUGAUUGCUGCAAUCAAGCCCCCUCCCCCUGUUAAUAUUUAUGAAUUAGCACACGCACACAGAUGUUUAUUUAAAUAGCCCUUAAGUGAUUGUUUUAGUGAUUUUUUUUUAGAGUUUUAAUUUCCUUAACGUUUAGCCAAGCCACCUUUUAUAUCAUAUUUACUGUAUUCGUAAGAUUAGUUCUUGACUGACGAUGUAACGGUAGGGAAGACGUCUUGACGGGCGUUUCUUUUUUCGAUACAUAGCGUAAAUUGUAGGGGUUGUUUCACGGUCGUUCUCAUUGCACUCGACGGUCACAGUUUUCGUCGACGAUGGGUUGAAUCGCUGUCUGAUCGUUAGAUGUUUUUCGGUGGAGCGGUGUUCGAUUCCGUUCGGUCGCGAAGAAGAUGGGUGGUUUGCGGAAUAUUAAAAAAUUUUCGGUUCUUAAUCGAAUAAUGUACGAGUCGAGGGGAAAAGACGAAAAAGGUUGUACAAAGAGGUUUUUUGGUGAGUAUUGGGUUUACAGAAAAAUUAACGAAAACAAAUUCAAGGAAAUAUAUACAGGGUGUUCAAAAAAUGGAUUACAGUUCCUGGACAUCUUUUCACACACAAAUAGUUCACGUCAACAUGGAUCUGUUCUUGCUCCGUUUAUAUGAAAUUUGGCACCGCGUUCUCACGAAGUUUGUGUCGGGCGUAGUAAAUUGAUUGCUUUCAAAUAUAUGCGUCUGGAGCAUCCUGGUUGUUUGAGAAAAUUUAAAGAAAACUAAAAACAACAUAUGGGCGUUAAAAAUUGUGUGUUUUUUUUUUCUCGAAAAUAUCUUAAAUGGCUUUACUCGAGUUUUAUGGUAAAAGGGCAUAGAAAUUUCUUAGAAAUUUAAACAGGUGUGUGGAAUUGGAAUAAUUUUAUUAAAAAA